CCGAUAAAUUGUCCUGAAGUAUUUGCGUAGCCAGAAGCCUGUCUAGAAGGGCAGAGGCUCAUGGUCAUCAGCAGAGAAAAAAUCCCCCAUCUGAUGGUGGCGGCAGCAGCAGGUCUCAGCUAUGUUGGGGGAUACGUCAUCAACACCUACAAGAGCUACGACAACUUUCUGCAGGACAAGUAUGCUCUGCUGCCGGCCGUUAUCAUUCUUUGCGUGGCUGCGGUGAUGUUCAUCAUCGGGUUGAUCGGCUGCUGUGCCACCUUUGGGGAGUCUCGAGUUGGCCUAGGGCUGUUCUUGGCCAUUAUCCUGGUUAUCUUUAUUGCAGAAGUAUCCGCUUUCGUCCUGGGAUUUGUUUACAGGGAAAAGGUGAAAACUGACGUACAAGGCACAAUGCGCUCAGUCUUUGAGAAGUACAACGGGGAAAAUUCAGAGUCUGAUGUUGUGAAUUACUUGCAGGAACAGCUUCAUUGUUGCGGGGUAAAGAACUACAGCGACUGGACGACCACGGCGUGGUUUAAUUCCACCAGGAACAACAGCGUCCCUCUGAGCUGCUGCAGGCAAGAUGUGAAGAACUGCACGGGGAGCCUGGAUCAGCCACAGGAUCUCUACACACGGGGCUGUGCAGGGGAACUGGAGGCUGGGCUGCAGAGCGUUAUCAGCUACGCCAUGCUCGUAAUCCUGGGCUUUGCCAUUGUAAAGUUUUUCGGCAUGCUCAGUGUCUGUGUGCUUACUUGCAAGAGAGAAGACAGCGGAUAUCAGCCUCUUUACUCAGGGGUGUUCGCUUAAUAAAACGCAAAGAUCACUUCUCUUUGGCUUCCUGAUGAUAAAAUAGACCCGUAAAGAUGAAUGCUAACGGACAGUUUAUGGCCUUCUUGCUAAAUACUUUGUUUUAUGUACAUGAAACAAAAAGAACCUUGUGUAUUGACUUGGGAAAAGUUUCUUGCGGGUGACGUGAAAUGGAAAUGUCAAUAUUCAGUGCCCUACCACAGCUUUCUGUGAGGUUAUUGUAGAUUUGGGUUUGUGACUUCAGAUACCACCAGGUGGUGCUCCAGAAAGAAUCUUUCUUCUGGAGUUCUUUCCUCUACCCUUAAAACAUGCAAGAGAAACGUUAUUUUUAAUCAGUGCACCGAUUGAGACCGCAGGAGGGGUUUCAGCUGUCUGCACAAACAUCAGAUGAUUCCCACAUUGUGGUUAAACAGCAAAAAGGAACAUUUGAGUGCCAGGUUCAAAUAGUCUUUGUAAGCAUGGGGAGUUAGAGUACGUUAUCUUUAUAUCUGAUGGUGUUUCUAUGGGAUUUUUUCUCCUCCUUAUGGUCUUACGUUGUAAUUCAGAGGUUGUUACUGCAAGACAACCUCGUGUUUAAGGUCUAGAACGGACAUUUGGGUUGUUUUUUGAAGCAGCUAGCGGAUGUGAACAAUCCCAGGUUAGGAGGGGACGUGUGUUUUGAGCUUUUGCGCUCAGGAUGGCUCUCUUUGGCUUGGGUUUUUUGUCCUUUUUUUUUUUUUAAUUAUUGUUAUUUGACAUUAAAAAUUGCUUAUGAAGCAGCGCUUUUGGCAGGUUUUUUUUUCCUCUCCUUUUACUGAUGCUUUUAUGGUUUGUCUAAAAGACAAGACUAUGUCUGUUUGAUGUGGGGUUCUCAGGAGUUACUGGGACAAAGGCAGGUGGGAAGAUGGCGGGGCAGGAAGCCUUGGCUCGGUGGGGUUGUGUAGAUGGGGACGAUGGAGGGGUUCCUGCCACCCUCCCUGCCCCACUUGAGGCUCUUGUCACCCCUAAGAAAUGAUAAAACCACCCAUGGAUAAAACCAACCACGUUGUCUGGUGGCAUCACAUGACUCCUCCUUUGCUCAUUUUCCUUUCUCCUUAAUGGUCUGCUGAAUGCAGGCCCUUCUUAAAUUGCUUUUAAAUUGCUUUAGAAAUGCUCCUUCUUUAAUGCAUUUCUAUGUUAAUCUGUUUUUCAGUUCUUUAAGGGUUUUGGUUUGGUUUUUUUGGUUGUUUUUAGAGGUGGGGAGGGAACCGUGAGCUAUUCUCGGUUAGGGAAUUGGGGUAAAGCAACGGAGUUUUUGCUUAUUUUUAAUUUGGAGAGAGAUAAGCAGUCCCAUCCUUAGCAAUAGACCUUUAGAUCUGUAGCUAAUUAGAAAAAAAAAAAAAGGAGUUUAGGGUUAUUUUUCGGUGUUUUGUGGUUUUUUUUCCUUUUGCCCCCAGAGAAAAGCAAGCAACGGGCGAUGAUGUUCUAUAGGAGACAGACCAGCGUGACUACGUGUAUGUUGAAAAGCGACUUACUUUUAACCGAGGGCUUUGUCUUCUGUCGAGCGCCGCAAUAAACUUAAUUUAUGUAACCAA